CACGUGACGUUCGCUUCGGGCCGAUCCGCUGCAGCAUCCGCGGUGCUGGGCGUGGGGCGAGGGGGUGGGAAGUGGCGCCGGCGCCGGCCGCGAAGCACGAGGUGAGACAGACGCAGCUGUCCUAGUCCCGGGGACGGGGACGGCCGGAGCCUGUUAGGUCGGCUUCACGUCAGGGUCGGAGGAAGGAUAGCCUAGACUGACCAGACAUGGAACCAAAAUGGUGGUUAUUUAUGGUUUUGCUGCUCCUUGGAACAGUGGUUCAGGCACAUGAUGGACAUGAUGAUGACGAUGAGGAUGAUGAUGACGAUGAUGUGAUUGAUGUAGAAGAAGACCUGGAAGAUGGCAUUGAGGAAGUAGAAGACUCAAAGCCAGGAGAUGGUGCCUCUCUUCCACCUCCAUCACCAAAGGUUACCUACAAAGCCCCAGUUCCAAAAGGGGAUGUUUACUUUGUUGAUGCCUUCGACAAAGGAAUGCUGGUCGGAUGGGUUUUAUCCAAAGCCAAGAAGGAUGAUACUGAUGAUGAGAUUGCCAAAUAUGAUGGUAAAUGGGAAGUGGAAGAAAUGAAGGAAUCUAAACUUCCUGGCGAUAAAGGGCUUGUGUUGCUGUCACGAGCCAAACAUCAUGCCAUCUCUGUGAGGCUGAACAAACCUUUUAUAUUUGACAAUAAGCCCCUCAUCGUUCAGUAUGAGGUAAAUUUUCAAAAUGGAAUAGAAUGUGGUGGUGCCUAUGUGAAAUUGCUUUCAAGAACCCCAGAAUUGAAUCUGGAUCAGUUCCAUGACAAGACCCCUUACACGAUUAUGUUUGGUCCUGAUAAAUGUGGAGAGGAUUAUAAACUGCACUUCAUCUUCCGGCAUAAAAAUCCAAAGACAGGCAUCUUUGAAGAAAAACAUGCUAAGAGACCAGACACAGAUCUGAAGGCCUACUUUACUGAUAAGAAAACACAUCUGUAUACAUUAGUCUUGAAUCCAGAUAAUAGCUUUGAAAUAUUAGUUGAUCAAACAGUUGUGAAUAGUGGGAACCUACUGAAUGAUAUGACACCUCCUGUGAAUCCUCCCCGGGAAAUCGAGGACCCAAAUGACCAGAAACCUGAGGACUGGGAUGAAAGGCCCAAGAUACCAGAUCCUGAUGCUGUCAAACCAGAUGACUGGGAUGAGUCUGCUCCUGCUAAGAUUCCAGAUGAGGAUGCUACAAAACCUGAAGGCUGGUUGGAUGAUGAGCCUGAAUAUGUAUCUGACCCAGAUGCAGAGAAACCAGAGGACUGGGAUGAAGAUAUGGAUGGAGAGUGGGAAGCUCCCCAAAUUGCAAACCCAAAAUGUGAGUCAGCCCCUGGUUGUGGUGUCUGGCAAAGACCUACUAUCGACAAUCCCAAUUACAAAGGCAAAUGGAAAGCUCCUAUGAUUGACAAUCCUAACUACCAGGGAAUCUGGAAACCCAGGAAGAUUCCAAAUCCAGAUUUCUUUGAAGACCUAGAACCUUUCAAAAUGACACCUUUCAGUGCUGUGGGUCUGGAACUGUGGUCCAUGACCUCUGACAUCUUUUUUGACAACUUUAUUAUUUGCGCAGACCGAGGAGUUGCAGAUGAUUGGGCCAACGAUGGGUGGGGUCUGAAGAAAGCUGCUGAUGGGGCUGCAGAGCCUGGUGUCAUGGGACAAAUGCUUGAAGCAGCUGAGGAACGUCCAUGGCUUUGGGUGGUUUAUAUUCUCACUGUGGCACUGCCAUUGUUCCUUGUGAUCCUCUUCUGCUGUUCUGGAAAGAAACAGCCCAGUGCUGCAGAGUAUAAGAAGACUGAUGCUCCUCAACCUGAUGUAAAGGAAGAGGAAGAGGAGAAAGAGGAGGAAAAGGAUAAGAGAGAUGAAGAAGAAACUGAAGAGAAAAUUGAAGAGAAGCAAAAAAGUGAUGCUGAAGAAGAUGCAGGUACUGUAAGUCAAGAGGAUGAAGAUAGAAAACCUAAAGCAGAGGAAGAUGAAGUUUUGAACAGAUCACCCAGAAACAGAAAGCCACGAAGAGAUUGAAAGAAUUUAAGAACUUGAUCUGUGAUUCCCUUUUUCCCCUUAUCCUCGAUGUGAUCCUAGGAGAGGACCUGGGAUACACCUUAUAUGUUGAAACCCAGAAAAACCUCAAGACUUCACUAUCAACAGAUUCCAGUCAAAUACUAUCCAAUGAAAUUUUGAGCAUCUAGCAGUAAUUAAUUGCAAUUGUGAUAAACAAACAAACCCACCAUUCCUGUAGAAAGAAAGCAUUUAUUGUAUGGGCUAUGGAUUCUGGAUGUGUAACAUGAAGCAACUAACCUGUUGGGUUUUUUUUUGGUUUUUGUUUUUUUGGUUUUUGGUUUUAGAACACUUUUAAAAAUUAGAAUGUUAGAAUAUUGCCAAUCUUCAAGAACCUUGGCUUAAUUUAAUGUAUUAUUAAUCUAUUCAUGGAAAAAUAACAGCAAAGUUUAGAAAAUAUGCUAGGUGAUGAAAUGCAGUUUUUAUAACAUAGGGUUUUUUUUUUUUUUAUAAACUUCGAUAUUCUAAAACGUUGAAGUGUCUAUGUCCCUUAAAAUUGAUAAUCAUGUUUAAAGUGAAGUCAUUUGUGUGGAUAACAUUGAUUACUCCCACUCUUUCAUUCUACAUCUUCUGGAGAUUUGAGAUUGGGGGAGAAUUCCAAACCAUAAUAGAUGCUGUUUGAUUAAGCUGUAUUAAAAACAGAGCUACAAAAAAGGCCCUUCUUUUUCCACUUUGUUGGAAAGGAGCAUGAUUAGGCCACAAUAUGUGCGUGUUGUGUUGCCUUUGGUUACUGCUAAGUUCCCAAUGUUCCAUAAUUGACACCAAGAAUAAAUAGGUGGGAAGACUUCCCAUUGGUACUUAGGCAUUCAGGCUUCCCAGGCUGGUUGUCUGGGCUCAAACCUUAUGUGAUUUCUCUAGACUGAGCACUACUCAUUGGGGCUGAUAGGGGAUGUGUGAGUGUGUUAUGUGUGGGGUUUUAAUAAUUUCUUUUUCCAUUCUGUUGAUAGUUUACCCCAUCCCAGGCUUUUCCCUUGCUGCUAUGCAGUUUCUUCAGAGUGCAGCUUGCCCUCCGUUGCUGGAAAUUAUUUUAUGCUCAGCACAGUGUUAAACUCGAGUGGUAUAUAUAUAUGGUUUUUUUUUUUUAAAGACCCAAUAUCAUCAGUGUCCAAAUACAGAGUAGAGCAUAGUCAAUCCCACAUUUUUCCAUUUAUGUCUUUAGAGAUCUAUAGUGGUCAGAACAAACAUGCUGAUUCAUAUUUGAUUUCAAAAUGAAUGCAGUUGUUCAAAGUAUUUGGUUGAACACAGUGGGGUUGUCUGAGGCUUAGAGCAUGAGCUACCUGGUAUAACAAAUUUUUUCAAGUCUCUUUGCUCUUGAUGUAACAAUUGCAUUUUUUUUUAAGUACACUGAAUGUAGGGGAAUCCAAUUUAAACAAAAAAUUGCUAAAUGGCUUAGUGUAUUACUGGUCUUAGAGGAAGGGGGAAUUAAAAUUCAGUGAAGUUUAUCUGAGCAUUUACUCCAAAGAGUUAGUGCUUUGUAUUGACAUCAUAUUCUACUGAAAUAUUGAGAGCUGGAUGUUAAUAUUUUAGCUCUACUUGUUUAGAAUAGCUUGAAAUGUACUGAUUCACUGUCCUUGCACUGAAUAUGUAAACACUCCAGUGUUCUUAUUGGGAACAGCAGUGGGCAAUAUUAGAAAUUUUCAAAAGGAAUUGUGGUGUUAGUUUAUUUUGUAGACUCCUGCUCCAUGACUGGCACCUUUAAAAGUUGAGAGGUUAACUAGUGGAAGAGUAGACAAUAUUUUUUCUGCCUAUUCAGUUCUAUCUCCUUUCAUGUUAUCUUGCUAGGUCAAAGUGGCCAUAAAUGUAGCAAUGAAGUCCAGUGCAAAUAAACCUUUGUUUAGUAAGGGCCUGAAAGCAUGUUUACAGGUAUCUACUUGAAGCAAAAGUAUGGGACCAUUGCACUUCCAACUGUAUUUUCAGAACAUACUAUGUGCCUCUGGUUGAGUUUUGGUAAUUAUCUUCCACCUGGGCUAUUGAAACUUGUUGACCCUUACCCUGCAUUAUUUUGAUUCUUUAAAAGACAUCUUUGUGCACUCUACAUGACCAGGAAGUUUUUAGGACUUGUCCCACUACUCCAUAUUAUUUAACAAGUGUUUUUGCAAAUAGUGGCUCUUCCUGGUUUUUCUCUCUACUCUCCCAGUGUAAGGUGAGGCCUGCUACUUCAGUAUCUGACAGCUGGAUGACCAGCAGCACUUUGCACAGCAGCUCAACAAGAGGCAACAAUAUUUAGUUAUUUUACACUCCAGUGUCUGAUUCAUUAAUGUGCAAAUUUCUGUCCUCCAACAGAUGUGCUCCUCAGUUUCUCCCAUUCACAGAAAAAGUGCUAUUUUCCAUUUGUCAAGCUACUAAAUGGUGUUGCAUUAAAGCUACAUGUUAAUCUCUUCUG